UCACCGAAGGAACACCCUCACGCCAGCCUCUUAGCUAAUUUUGGGUGAGAAAAUUUAUGCACCCCGGAGAAUGCUUUCUUAUUUUAUUUUUUCCAAGUCAGCAUGCCCGUCUAGACUUUGAGCUUUAUUGCAAGUAGAGACAAAAUGGGCUGGAUCACCUUAAAAAAAAAAAAAAAAGUCUCAGCUAGCUAGUUUCACCGGAGGCUUGUCCCUCUGCAAACAUCUAUCUGUAGGCAAAUGUUGAGAAAGUUGGAAUCGGGCCUGGCUGGAGAGAGGAAGGCCACCCCCUCCCCUAUUAUCCGGAGCAGAGUUUCCAAUCCCAGUCAAGUGGUGGUGCUAAUUCCUUGCUUCUGAGACUCUGCAUUUCCUAAUUUCAUGGUCAUAACAGCCUCGGAACGGAUUCUACCAAAACUGAAAACACAAGGCUCCAUGCUCAGCAGCCCUGUGACGCCAGGAGAGGCCAAUGCCCCCUCCUCUGCCAUUCCCUAGCACAAGAAGGCAGUCUCUGGGUGAUUCUUCUCAAGCAGCACUGACCAUGACCAUGACCCUCCACACCAAAGCCUCGGGAAUGGCCUUGCUGCACCAGAUCCAAGGGAACGAGCUGGAGCCCCUCAACCGCCCGCAGCUCAAGAUGCCCCUGGAGAGGGCCCUGGGCGAGGUGUACGUGGACAGCAGCAAGCCCGCCGUGUUCAACUACCCCGAGGGCGCCGCCUACGAGUUCAACGCCGCCGCCGCCUCGGCGCCGGUCUACGGCCAGUCGGGCAUCGCCUAUGGCCCUGGGUCCGAGGCGGCCGCCUUCGGUUCCAACAGCCUAGGGGCUUUCCCCCAGCUCAACAGCGUGUCGCCCAGCCCGCUGAUGCUACUACACCCGCCGCCGCCGCAGUUGUCGCCCUUCUUGCACCCGCAUGGCCAGCAGGUGCCCUACUACCUGGAGAAUGAGUCUAGCGCCUAUGCCGUGCGCGACACCGGCCCUCCAGCCUUCUACAGGUCUAAUUCUGAUAAUCGACGCCAGAGUGGCCGAGAGAGACUGUCCAGCAGCAGCGAGAAAGGAAGCAUGGCCAUGGAGUCUGUGAAGGAGACUCGCUACUGUGCAGUGUGCAAUGACUAUGCCUCUGGCUACCAUUAUGGGGUCUGGUCCUGUGAAGGCUGCAAGGCUUUCUUCAAGAGAAGUAUUCAAGGACAUAAUGACUACAUGUGCCCAGCUACAAACCAAUGCACAAUCGACAAGAACAGGAGAAAGAGCUGCCAGGCCUGCAGGCUGCGCAAGUGUUACGAAGUAGGCAUGAUGAAAGGCGGGAUACGAAAAGACCGGAGAGGAGGGAGGAUGCUGAAACACAAGCGCCAGAGAGAUGACUUGGAAGGCAGAAACGAAAUGGGGCCUUCAGGAGACAUGAGGGCCGCCAACCUUUGGCCAAGUCCUCUUGUGAUUAAGCACACUAAGAAGAACAGCCCUGCCUUGUCCUUGACAGCUGACCAAAUGGUCAGUGCCUUGUUGGAUGCUGAACCGCCCUUAAUCUAUUCUGAAUAUGAUCCUUCUAGACCUUUCAGUGAAGCUUCGAUGAUGGGAUUAUUGACCAACCUGGCAGACAGGGAGUUGGUUCAUAUGAUCAACUGGGCAAAGAGAGUGCCAGGCUUUGGGGACUUAAAUCUCCAUGAUCAGGUCCACCUCCUAGAGUGUGCCUGGUUGGAGAUCCUGAUGAUUGGUCUCGUCUGGCGCUCCAUGGAACACCCAGGGAAGCUCCUGUUUGCUCCUAAUUUGCUCCUGGACAGGAAUCAGGGUAAAUGUGUUGAGGGCAUGGUGGAGAUCUUUGACAUGUUGCUGGCAACAUCGACUCGGUUCCGCAUGAUGAACCUGCAGGGAGAGGAGUUUGUGUGCCUCAAAUCUAUCAUUUUGCUUAAUUCUGGAGUGUACACAUUUCUGUCCAGCACCUUGAAGUCUCUGGAAGAGAAGGACCACAUCCACCGGGUCCUGGAUAAGAUUACAGACACUUUGAUCCACCUGAUGGCCAAAGCUGGCCUGACACUGCAGCAGCAGCAUCGUCGUCUGGCCCAGCUCCUCCUCAUUCUUUCCCACAUCCGGCACAUGAGCAACAAAGGCAUGGAGCAUCUCUACAACAUGAAAUGCAAGAACGUUGUACCCCUCUAUGACCUGCUGCUGGAGAUGCUGGAUGCUCACCGCCUGCAUGCUCCAGCCAGUCGCAUGGGAGUCUCCCCAGAGGAGCCCAGCCAGAGCCAGCUGACCACCACCAGCUCCACUUCAUCACAUUCCUUACAAACAUACUACAUCCCCCCAGAAGCAGAGAGUUUCCCCAACACGAUCUGAGAGCUCCCGGGCUCCCCCAAGGCUCUGAGAAUCCCUGCAGCAUCUUGCCCAUGUCAUGUAUCACUUUAGCAGAAUCCUGUCUCCUGCGUACACUCUGGCAUGCAUCCACCACCAGUGGCUUUCUAGUAGGAGUGGCCAUUCAUUUGCUUGCUCAGUUCUUAGUGGCGUGUCUUCUGUUGGGAACAGCCAAACGGGAUUCCAGGGCUAAUUCUUGGUAACAGCUCUCUUUCCCCCUUUGCUACAUCACUAAGUCUGAGGGUUCCUUGACCAAAUGGAGAUAGCUGCAUUGAAGCUACUAGUUGAGACCCAAGCCUAGAGAGUCAACAUUUCACCUCUGAUAAGCACUUUGUAAUGGCUCCAAGAGCAAGCCUCAGCAAAGACUUGGAAGUGGCUCCUUUAAUUGAAGCCUUGGAGAAAGCUCUCUCUUGGGUUCCUUAAUCUACACGUACCCUCUUGUAUUCCUAUAGCAACAUUUGAUUUUAUUAAAGGGAAAUCUUGAGCCCCUAUAGGAAUACAGGAUGCAUGCAGGGAAGGAAGACUGUCCCCCUCCCCAUUGUCAAGACCCUGUCAAUUUAAUAUACUGCACCUUCAGGCUUCUAAAGCAUCAACUGUUGAGCACUGUACACAGGUUAUGGGCUCUAGAUAAUUCUUACUUCCCAUGACUGGUGGGAACCAGUAAGUCAGUUUCAGUUAACACCCUAAUGUGAGGGCUAUAGGGUGUUGGGAUUUUAUUUGAUUUUCAUUUUAUAAUGGCCUUAUGCCCCUGGGACAUGCAGUAAAGGCAACUUGGUACCUGUUCUGGUGAGUCUAGCAUUCAUCAGUAGAGGGCACUCUCCCUGUCUCCCCUCCAUGUGAAUUGCCCUGAAUUGUCCCCAUGUAGAGUCACCAAGGGGCAGCUACAUUUAACCUACACCCUGGCGAUACCUUUUGUUUUACUUAGUUUUAUUCUUGGGUGAAGAACAAAUAAUAAAUGUACAAUGAUUGUGUCUCAGAAGGAGUCUGAUCAAGAAAGAAAGUAGGGGAGAAAUGUUUUGAAACACCUGCCACAGGUAGCAGUUUCCCAGGGCUGUCCUUUACAGUGAUACACAGUGGGGCUGCCCUGGGAUCCGAUGGCUGGUUGUCUCUUUAUUUUAGGUUUGGGCCUGAUUGGAAGAGGCAACAGUAGAUACCUGUGUUCCUGCAAUUCUUCCAGGAGCUUGGGGGAGUCAUGGGGGCAAGGUCUUGGAGCACCCAUGACUCAAGCUGCUGAGGAGUUGCUCAGACUAGAGUGUCCUUGACUAUUCAGAACUCAUCCCAACAGCAGUUGGUGUGGCCCUGGGAAGAAAACCCCAUGCCUCCCCACAGCUCAUGUACCUAAACGUCAUAAACCAGAGAGUAAGACCAGAUUUGGGCCAUGAGAGUCCUUUGACCAAGGGGAUAAAAAGAAAGGCUUACCCUAGUCACAGCAUCUACAGUCCCCAGGGUGUGGGCCUCUCUAGUGAAACUAAGGAUUGUUUCCUUUUCUGAAACAAAACGCAAGUUUGGUUCCUUCCCUGACUUCAUUACCUACAAUCUGAACUCCAUAGAUAUGAGAUGUGUUAGCCAACAGCCCAGGGGAAUGGCUAGGCUUCUCUUGGUCUGUUCUAUUUGGAAUGGUGGGUUCCAUGAACUUCUGGUCUCCCAGUUAAGUGACUACCAAAGAACUGGGAAACUGGGAGUGCCAAUUGUUCUUUCUUCUUUUUUUUUUAAUUUCUCAUAUUUGUGCAUCAAAUUCUGGGACAAUUUUAUGUAUCUGCUUUAAGAAUAUGUUUAAGAACUAACUCUUUUGUUUGUGUUUGUUUAAAAAGCACCUUAUAUAGUAUAAUAUAUUUUUUUGAAAUUGAAUUGCUUGUUUAUCAGACAAUUGAAUGUAAUAGUUCUGUUCUGAGUUUUAAUUUGACUGGGUUAACAUUGCAAAAACCAAGGGAAAAAUAUUUAGGUUUUUUUGUGGACUUUUCAAGCUACCAUGUCAUGUAUGCAGUUAUUAAUAUCUAAAGCCUGGUGAUUUUCAUUUAAAUGAAAAUCACAUUUCAUAUCAACUUUUGUAUCCACAGUAGACGAAAUAGCACUAAUCUGUAUGCCUAUUGUUGGAUGUUGAAUGAUAGACAAUCUUAUGUAGCAGAGAUUAUGCCUGAUAAGGAAAAUUAUUCAGGGCAGCUAAUUUUGCUUUUACCAAAAUAUCAGUAGUAAUAUUUUUGGACAGUAGCUAAUGGGUCAGUGGGUUCUUUUUAAUGUUUAUACUGAGAUUUUCUUUUACAAAAACAAAAACAAAAAAAUAAAAAAAACUUCUAGGACUUUAGAUGAUGUAAUACCAGCUAAAUCCAAACAAUACUCUAGUGGAGGGUUUGCAUUAUCCAUCUACUGUGUUUGUAUUCAUGUUAUGAUAACACAUUUGAAAUGGGCAGAGAACAUCAGCCAGCUGAAGUGUUAGCCCACGAGUUUCAAACCAUGUUUGGAAAACUCUUUUUACCCUUAUCUGAAGUGCCAAUUUUGAGCAGCUGACAUACUUCAGCUGCUGUAUUGGGGCAUUGGGGACAUGCCAGGUAGUCAUACCUGUGCUUUCUUCCCACCUGGAGGCAAUUUCAAAUUUGAAUGCUAUGCUAGAGAGUUGGAAUGCAGUGGGGACAUAGAUCUAAGACUUUAAAGAAUGGGGAAAGGGGGGAUAAAGAGUGCAGAAAGUAUUCUGGCACCUUGAAUUGCCCCAGGUUUCAGAAUUUCACUCCUGUCUGCACUGUAAUAAAAUAAUAACAAGCUCCAUUGGUAGCUGUUUCCAAAUGUUGGCUUGAAUUCUGAGGAAGAGUGUGGCAGAGUGAAAUCCAAAGAAUAAUCCAGCAAGGGGUCUGCCUGAGUUUCUUUUAGCCAUUGGUUAGCUUGACAAUUGAUUUGAUUCUGGUCAUCCAAAGAGAAGACCCUAUAAAUGUAGGUGACAAAAUCCAGUCCCCAAGGAAGUGCCAUCUUUGAUAGAUUUCCCUGGUGACAUGUCAUUUUCCAUGACAAAUCUUUUGCCUUUGGGGGGCUGAACAAGUAAGUGACUUAUAAUUUCCUUUUAAUCACAUUGUGGUGUCCACACUUAAAAGUCUCACACAUUGAAAAGGUCUCUGACUCCAGCCAUUUGUUUGGGGUUACCCAUAUCCCUGCAUGAAGUCAGUUACAAAUCUCUUCCUAGUCCUACUUUGCAACUCUGAGAUAUACUGUGGAUACUGAGAAUACUGAGAAUAAUCACUAGGACAGUAGUAAUGUCUACUAUUCACAGUCAGAUAUGCUUGGCGAACUUGUCAUUGAAAGGCGAAUAGAGUCAUACAAUAGCUCACAAGGCAACCAUAUUCUCUUGGGUGCAAGUCUUGGGAGGUUGAUCCAGCAUCCACCGUGUACUUCCUAGAUUACCUCCAUGAAAAUGUACCCCUUUCACCUGGAGCAAACAAAUUUAACUGUGGUCCCAAAUAUCUCUUUUCAUUAGUGUGAGUAUGCUCUAUUUCUAGCUUCAUAUUUUUCCAUUUAAAUUGAAGUAAUGGUCUCCUUUAAAGUCCUUUAAACUUGUUUUCUAAGUGAUUGUUGUCUCAAUUAUGGCACUUCAAUUUUGCACUUUCUUUCUGAGAUUUAAGAGAAAAUUCUAUUCGCUUUUCCCCCCUUUCUUUUGCAUCCAAAUGUGCCUGAACUUUUAAGAGAUGUAAAUGCUGCCGUGUUCCAAACCCAUCUUUAGCGUCUUUGUACAGAGCUGUGCACCCUGGAAAUAAUAGCAUACAGCCCCAUGAGCAGGUGCCUAAAACAUGGACCCCUUUGCAUUCACGGAGAGGUCAUUGGUCAUAGAGACUUGAAUUAAUAAGUGACAUUAUGCCAGUUUAUGUUCUUUUACAGCUUACAAACAAUUCUUUUUGUGCACUACAUAUUCUUCAGUGUAGAGUUCUUGUUUUAUAAGGAAAGGCACAGAUGUCCAAUUGUGUUUGAUGGACUGAUACACUCUUCUCCUGAUGCACACUACUAUCCAUGUGAUCCUUUUUGUCGAAGCUUUGCUUUGUUUAAUGAAACACACCUGUAAGCCUCUUUUGCACCUUGAAACCAUAAAGAAUCCAGUGGGAUGCUCAAGCACCUGUAAACCAUCCUCUCAACAUAUUUGAUGUUCAAAUAAAAAAUUAACUGAAGGCAA